AUGAUGAAGUAGAUUUUUCAGUCUUUUAGAAUCUGCGACAUUUUUGGGUAGUAGAUUAGACUUAAAGCUGCUGGCCAAUCUGUUUUUUAAACCUAAAUUGGAGCAUUUAUGACUUUAUUGCUUUUUAGCAUUCUUAUAUAUUCAGGUAGCUUAUUUAUUAUUGAAAUGAACAAAGGAAAAAAUGCAAUUAUUAACUCUUAAGAUGCUGUCAUCGGAACUAAUGAAGUAAAUAUUUGUCAAUCACAUUAAUUUAGGGUUUUAGUUUCAAUUCUACUGAAUUAAUUUUUUCAGCUGGUUUAGUUGAUAUUUUGGGCCAACCAAUUCCAAACGAGGACAAUAGAAUAUUCAAGAUUGGAUUUUAUGUUUGCAAUAAAUCUUUAAAUGAAACAGAAUGUGUGGUUAUACCAGGAACUAUUUGUGGUGAAAGAAUUAGAUCAGCAGCAAAAGUAAUUAUAGCAUGAUCCUUUAAUUUAGAAAUUAAAUAUAGCAGAGGCCUAUGAAAAUAUUACUUAUUGUCUGAGUGAAGAGUACAUUCAAGAAAAUCCUGAAAUAAGAAUUUAAGGAUCAAAUCGUUAUGAUAAUUUUACUUUGUUGGGAGCAUUAAUUGAAAGGUGUUCAAAUAACACUGAAUUGUUUAGUAUUAUAAAUUAAAUAUCUUCUUAGAUUGUGCAUCAAAUGAAGAAAUCGAUAAAUAUAUAACGAAUGCUAACCUUUAUUAUUCAUAUUCCUUUCAUUAACUUAAUAAAGAAUUAGAUGUCUCUCCUUAUUAAUAAACUGAAAAUGUUGAUUUAACAUCACUUUAUUACUAAGUAGGGAAAUACAUUAAAAUUUAUUUUCAGUAUUCCUAAAGUUAUCUUGAAUAUAAUCCUUUUUAUUUUUUUCCUCGAUAGGUGUACCAUGAAGGAGUUGAAUAUUAAAAGACAGUCACUGAUAGUGUUCUUUAUUUCUAAGAUGCUAAUACAUUAGCUAGAAUUGAACUUCAUUUAGAUGCUAAAAAAAAAGUUAAUUUUAUAACAUAUUAAACAUUAAUGGAUGUAGUUGCUAAAAUAGGAGGGCUAUUUACAAUUAUAAGAGCUUUAAUUGAUAUUUUGAUAUUUCCAAUAUAAUCUAUUCUCUAUAGACUUUUUUUGAUUAAUUUUUUGAUCAACCAUUAGAAUAAAACCAAUAAGAAGGACGUAAAAAUCCAGAAUUCUAAAAAGAAAUAAAUUAAUAUAUAAUAACUUAUAACUUCUUCAGAUCUAAGAAGAUUUUUUUACGAAAAAUCAUAAAUCAUCAAUGAAUAUUUGGAUGUUAGACAAAUUUUAAUCCAUCCGCUUUAAUUUUCUGAAAAAAUAGAGGGUUUACAGGAUUCUAUCAGGAAAAUUGAUAUCUUAAGUUCUAGAUAAAUUAAGGUAAUAAGUAAGUAAGAAAUGGAUGAAUUAGUAAUGUAAAGUAACCACGAAGAAUGCAUGGAUUACAAAUAUUUGAGUUCAGGGACUAUAAAUUCAGAAUGUAAAAUAGGAAAUUAAGAUUAAUCUAUCAUUCCAAGGAUGAAAAUUUAGAUUCGUUGA